CCGGUCCGGGAGGCGGAUUUGGAGCGCGCGGCGCCGGCGGGGCCGGGGGGGGGGGCGCGGCGGAGCUUCUCGCGGCCUCGGACGCUCCUCCUCGCCGGCGGCCGCCGCCCGCCUCUGCUUGCGCCUCCAGCUCGUUCGCCCUGGCCCGGCCCGGCUGCGUCUUCCGGCCGCUCACCUGGGACGCGCUCACCUGGGCGCCGGGGCAGCAGGAUGAAGGACCGGCUGGAGCAGCUGAAGGCCAAACAGCUGACACAGGAUGAUGAUGCCGACGAGGUCGAGAUUGCCAUUGACAACACAGCUUUCAUGGAUGAGUUCUUUUCCGAGAUUGAGGAAACUCGGCUCAACAUUGACAAGAUCUCUGAGCAUGUGGAGGAGGCGAAGAAGCUCUACAGUAUCAUUCUAUCUGCACCAAUUCCUGAGCCAAAAACCAAGGAUGACCUAGAGCAGCUCACGACUGAGAUCAAGAAAAGGGCCAACAACGUCCGAAACAAACUGAAGAGCAUGGAGAGGCAUAUUGAAGAAGAUGAGGUCCGGUCAUCAGCAGACCUUCGGAUUCGGAAAUCCCAGCACUCCGUCCUCUCCCGGAAAUUUGUGGAGGUGAUGACCAAAUACAACGAGGCUCAGGUGGACUUCCGUGAACGCAGCAAAGGGCGAAUCCAGCGGCAGCUCGAAAUCACUGGCAAGAAGACAACAGACGAGGAGCUGGAGGAGAUGUUGGAGAGUGGAAACCCUGCCAUCUUCACUUCUGGGAUCAUUGACUCGCAGAUUUCUAAGCAAGCCCUCAGUGAGAUUGAGGGACGGCACAAGGACAUUGUGAGGCUGGAGAGCAGCAUCAAGGAGCUUCAUGACAUGUUUAUGGACAUUGCCAUGCUAGUGGAGAAUCAGGGUGAGAUGUUAGAUAACAUAGAGUUGAAUGUCAUGCACACGGUGGACCAUGUGGAGAAGGCACGGGAGGAAACUAAAAGAGCUGUGAAAUAUCAGGGUCAGGCCCGGAAGAAAUUGAUAAUUCUCAUUGUGGUAGUAGUUGUGUUGCUGGGCAUUUUAGCAUUGAUUAUUGGACUUUCCGUUGGGCUGAAAUAAGGGCGGCCUGAGAGGCUGCUGCACUGAAAUGUUUGUGGCUUAAUGUUGUUCUUCACCAUCAUCCUGUGCACUGAUCAGCUCCUCUCCCUGCCUCUCUUAGAACCCGAUUUUACUGCAACCUGGUGUGGCCACCCUUGUCUUCAGAUGGGAAUGGAGUUGAAUGGCCUUCCUGAGAGAGAGUGGGACCCAAUCCUUUGUUUCCUUGUAACCAUCCUUGGACCUGAGCUGGCAAACAGUCUAGCCCUGGAGGAAUCUAAUCUGCCUGAUGCAACCCUGAGUUCUCCCCAAAACCUUCCCCUGCCCCACCAACUCUGAAGUACCAUCUCUCCUGGACUGUACAAACCAAUCCAGCUUCUCUUUUUUCCCUCUGAUGUGUCAAAUUAUGCCUCGCACCUUGGAAAGCCUAUUUGAGACCUUCCCAAGGUGCUAUAUUUUCUACCUCAUGGAGUAUUCUUCUCCCAGAAAUU